CAAUGAGUUGUGAUUCCGAGUAAAGCGGCCAGUGAAAAUUCAAUAGCGAUUGUUAUCGGUUCUUUUCAAAAUAAAGCUAUUCAAUAUGACAAAAAUUUCAGCGGCGUUUCUAAAACAGUUAUGGUUGACUUUCGGAGCAUCUUUGGCGUUUCUCAUCAUUGGUUUGGUUCGAGGGUAUUCGGCCUCUGCCAUUCCAUCUAUAGAGGCGAUCGAUCCAGAGCUCAUACAGCAUAGUGAGCAAAAGUCAUGGAUAGGUGCGAUCCCACCAUUAGGAGCGUUCCUGGGUAGUAUGUGUUCUGGGCCAUUAAUGCAACGGGCUGGAAGGCGCCGCACCUUACAACUCGCUGCGCCCUUGUGGGCUGCCGGCUGGCUGAUACUGGGCUUUGCGCCCAACUUCCCCAUCGUGCUCUUGGGGAGAAUUAUAUCGGGGCUGUGUGUUGGCUUCGUGCUGGCUCCUGCUCAAGUUUACGUGAGUGAGUGCUGUGAUCCAGAAAUUCGUGGGCGGCUUGGGUCCUUGCCUACAUUAUCCAUGUCCAUGGGCAUUCUCAUAUCGUACAUUGCUGGCAACUGGCUAUAUUGGAGAUCUUUAGCAUUUCUCUCGGCUACAUUUUGUGGUGCUCUUUUCGUAAUACUAAUCCCGUUACCAGAAUCCCCAGUGUGGCUCAAAACUCAAGGUCUGGACGAUGAGCAAGCAAUAAAAUGGCUGCAUCUUUCAAAACAUGCAGUUGCCACUGUUAAAGAUGAUACUGAGGAGAAGCCCGUGGAAGCGGUACCAAAGAGUUUAUUCACGCGGGAGGUAUUCUUUUCGUCGGUGGUGAUAAAGCCGCUGAUCGUCGGUUUCGCACUGCUGUUCUUUCAACAGUUCAGCGGUAUCGACGCUGUUAUAUUCUUCACUGUUGAGAUAUUCCAGAAUGCUGGUAGCAAGCUCAAUGCAAUGACAGCAACAAUAAUAGUAGGCGCAGUACAGUUGUUCAGCAACGGGAUAAGCACAAUGUUGGUAGAUAGAGCCGGCAGAAGGCCACUCUUGUUGCUCUCCGCCGUUACCAUGUGCCUUUCUAUGGUAUCUAUGGGAGUUGCAUUCUACUUCGAGUUUGAACACGAGUCGUGGUUAGGGUAUCUGCCAAUAGUAAGUCUCGUGGUGUUCAUGUUGGGUUUCUCGCUGGGUUUCGGCGGGCUGCCGUUCCUGCUGCUGGGCGAGCUGUUCCCCACGCACUACCGCUCGCAGCUCUCGGCUAUGGCGAGCGCUGUCAACUUGUUGUCCAUGUUCACUGUUAUCAAGUCGUACCAUGCUUUAGAGCACGUGUUAACAUCAGCUGGAACAUUCUGGAUGUACGCUAGUUUCUGCGCAGUUUCCUUCUUCUUCGUUCUAUUCGCGGUUCCAGAAACGAAAGGCAAGUCUUUGGCCGAAAUAGAACAACACUUCAGAGGUAAGAAGAACAGGGAUAUCGACUUGCAAAACGUACAAACUAAGUUUUAGUUCCUGUAUCGUAUAUGUGCGCUGAGUUGUUUUAGACGAGUAUUACGUGAAUGAAGUGAUUGUUUGUUAGAGUAAAAUACGGUGUAUAUAUAAAUAUAAAAUAUGUAAUAUAAUUUAAAACGCGAUUUAUUUUUUGUUGUACCACAGGGAUUUUUUGUUUUAUUUCCAAGUUGUCACAACUCCAACUAAAGAUUUGUAUAAUAUUGUGACAAUACUUCAGAUGUAUAGAAGAUGAUA